AAAAACAUUAUCCUAGGUAGGUAUUAUGGGAUCCUCAAUCUUGAAAAUAGUGAUUCUUGCAAUAGUAUUAUCUUCUUCUUCUUCUUAUGCAACUUCACAAACAAUCCAAGAAAAAUUCUACCAAUGCAUAAUUGUGAACUCGGAGCUCGCAAUCCCAUUCUCAACCGCUUUCUCCACUCCCGAAAACGCUUCAUUCACUACCAUCCUCCAAUCCACCGCCCAAAACCUCCGUUGCUUAACACCUUCCAUCCCCAAACCCCAGCUAAUCUUCACACCGUUAAUCGAAAACCACGUCCAAGCAGCAGUUACCUGCAGCAAAGAGCUUGAUAUACACCUCAGAAUCCGAAGUGGGGGCCACGACUACGAGGGCCUAUCCUACAUGUCCGAAGACGAACAACCCUUCGUAGUACUCGACCUCUCCAAACUCCGCCAGGUCAGCGUUGACAUUCCGGACAACACCGCGUGGGCCCAGGCAGGAGCGAGUGUAGGCGAGCUUUAUUACCGAAUUGCCCAGAAGAGCAAGACUCAUGGUUUUCCAGCUGGCUUGUGCCCUAGCUUGGGAAUUGGAGGCCAUUUGACUGGUGGGGCGUACGGUCCUAUGAUGAGGAAAUACGGGCUCGGAGCUGAUAAUGUGAUCGAUGCAAGAAUAGUGGAUUCGAGUGGUAGGAUUCUUGAUAGAGAAUCUAUGGGAGAGGAUCUUUUUUGGGCUAUUAGAGGUGGUGGUGGGGGUAGUUUUGGUAUUAUACUUGCAUGGAAAGUGAGGUUAGUUCCUGUACCAACUAUUGUCACGGUUUUCACUGUCUCAAAAACCCUAGAAGAAAACGGGACAGAGAUUAUCAAGAAAUGGCAAGAAGUUGCGGAUAAACUCGACGAGGAUCUCUUCAUUAGAGUCAUUAUGCAAGUGGUGGAAGGUUCUGAAAAGGGUUCGAAAACAGUGCAGACUUCUUACAACGCUUUGUUCCUAGGCGGAACCGAUAGACUGCUCGGUGUAAUGGAAACGGGUUUUCCGGAAUUAGGGUUGACGAAAAAAGAUUGCGUUGAAAUGAGCUGGAUCGAGUCGGUACUGUAUAUAGCAGGUUUUCCUUCGAAAACUCCACCCGAAGUAUUGUUACAAGGGAAAUCUUUAUUCAAGAACUACUUCAAAGCGAAGUCGGAUUUUGUGAGAAAGCCCGUUCCGGAGGAGGGUUUAAACGGGCUUUUUGAAAGGCUAAUGGAAGAAGAUUCCCCGUUGAUGAUAUGGAAUCCUUACGGUGGAAUGAUGAGCAAUAUAUCGGAAUCGGAAACUCCGUUUCCACACAGAAAGGGAGUUAUAUAUAAGAUACAGUAUUUAACACUUUGGAAUGACGAUAAACAAGAAUCGGAAGCGAAGCAUGUUGACUGGAUUAGGAGGCUGUAUAGUUAUAUGCGAGCGUAUGUCUCAAAGUUUCCGAGAGAGGCUUAUGUGAAUUACAGGGAUCUUGAUUUGGGAAUGAAUAGAAACGGUUCGACUUUUAUCGAGGCGAGUUUGUGGGGUUCAAAAUAUUUUAAGGACAACUUUAGCAGGCUUGUCAGGGUGAAGACAAAAGUUGAUCCUGAUAAUUUUUUCAGGCAUGAACAGAGUAUUCCUAUUCUUCCUUUGAUGAGUGAAAAGUAAAAUUUGAUAUAUGUAGCAAGUUUAUAUGUUACUAUAUCACCUAUAAGUUUGUGCCUCGUAGCUUAUAAUAUAAUUUAUAAAUGAUUUUACUAUUUUGAUUGUCUCGUACGUCU